UUAUUUGUUGUGUCUGAGCAAAGUGAAAAUUACGAAGAAAAUUGCAAAAUAAUUGCGUAAAAACACAUUUUAAAAGCCGCAACGAUGCUUUCGUUGUUGCAGGAGAAGCGGCCACUAAAGCGCACACGUCUGGGGCCACCGGAUAUCUAUCCGCAAGACGCCAAGCAGCGCGAGGACGAAUUGACGCCCACUCAUGUGAAACAUGGCUUUACAACGGCGCCACAGCUUACUGACGAAUUCGGCACAGCGCACACCUCGAAUGUGAAUGCUAGCAAGGUGAGCGCGUUUUUUAGCGGAGUGCUAGCCAAAAAAGAGGAGUUGAUGACGCUACAAGACACGGUACGAAAGAAACAGCAAAUUAAUUGCAAGGACAACUUUUGGCCGGUGUCGCCGCGUCGCAAGUGUACAGUGGAUGCGUGGUUUAAGGAUUUGGCUGGCAAUAAGCCGCUGCUUAGUUUGGCUAAACGUGCGCCCUCUUUUAACAAAAAGGAGGAAAUCUUUAUAACGCUAUGCGAGAACCAAGUCAAUAUGCAACGAGCCACCUGGUUUAUCAAACUCAGCGCCGCGUACACUCUAAGUUUUACUGAGUCGAAGAACAAAAAGCGCAGCAUAUAUGAUCCAGCAGCGGAAUGGACAAGCAAUAUGAUCAAGUUCAUGAAGGAGCUCUUGCCCAAGUUGCAGGAAUAUUAUCAACAACCGCACGAUAAGAAUGGAAUACAAGCGAAUGGAAGCAGCAACUCACCUACCACUAGCAGUGUAAGCAGUAACAGCAAUGGCACUGCGAACAGCAGCAGCAGCAGCAACAAUAACAGCAGCAGCAAUAGCAGCAGUGUGAGUAGUGCCACAUCCAACGUAAUACCGGUGCCUAGCAUGUCCAGUCCACUGCCUCCCAUACACAGUCCAGCUAAUGGCCAGACCAGUGCCGCCGGCAAUGCUGCAGCUGGCGGCGCUGUGACCGGAGCAUCUGCGCCACCAGGUACAGCGCUGGCUACUUUAGGUAGCUCUGCUACUGGUGGCGCAGCUGGAGCAAAUGCAGGUGCUGUGCCGCCCGGCUCGAGUAUCUCGGGUAUUGGCAGUCAGUUCGAGGAUAGUCGCAAUGCGCUAAAAUACUGGAAGUAUUGCCACCAGUUAAGCAAGUAUAUGUACGAGGAGUCGUUGCUUGAUCGCCAAGAGUUUCUCAAUUGGAUAUUGGAUCUGCUGGACAAGAUGCGCACACAGGCCAGUUUCGAUGAGCACCUAAAGAAACUAGUGCUGAGCUUUGCAUUGCAGUAUAUGCACGAUUUUGUCCAGUCCGAGCGGCUGUGCCGUAAGAUGGCAAAUCUAGUGGCCAAAAAGCUGGCUCAGCUACUCAACGCGGCUGUUGAACAGCAGCAACAACAACAGGCGGUAAUCAAGUCGCAGGCCAUGGAGAUAGAUGGGGCCGACGAACAGCUACAGCAACAACAGCCAAAUAUUGAUCCAUAUGAACAGGCACUUCAUGACUAUAUGAACUGCCCGCAUCAUCGUGACAUUAUUCUGUAUUUGAGCACCAUACUGCAGGUGAUUACCAUCGAGUGUCCCACGGCGUUGGUGUGGAGCGGCAUAGCAGCACACCGUGCGCCCUCAUCCCUAGUAGGCAGUCCCCUUGAUCAUUUGCCACUGGCUCCCUCGGUUUUGCCAAUGCCUUCUCGUUGUCCACGUACCAACCACGAGCUCCGCCGACAGCUACGUGCUGCUGAGGCGGAGAUAGUAUUGCGCACGCAGCACGCAGAACAACGCUGGUUCGCUUCCAAGUGGCUGAGCGCUGGAAAGAAUCAUUAUACCACUGUGCUUGCAACGUUGGAUCACCUGGACACGCACUGCUUUGAGCGCAUGGAUCAGUGCAAUUCAAUUGACACGCUCUAUGCACAUAUAUUUCCACCACAAAGCACACAGCUACGCCGUCCCGAGGAGGAUCCACAGCAGCAACAGCAGCCGCGUCCGCCAUACGAGCCAAAGCAGGAUGCGGAUACGGUGCGUAUCCUUUGCGAGUGGGCAGUAUCCAGCCAGCGUUGGGGAGAGCAUCGAGCCAUUGUAGUGGCAAUUCUACUGGACAAGCGUCAGAUCGAUGUAACUAGUACGCCGGCUGAUCAAUGUGGCGAUAAAGAGGAUAAGGACUCACUGGCCUCUGGUGCGGGCAUUAUUGACGGUCUGCCCGUCUUUCAGCACGUUCUAAUGCACUUUCUGGAUCACGAUGCGCCCGUUUUGGAUGAACAUAAUAGCACUCCACAGCAGCGCACCGAGUUCACUAAUUUAGUACAGCUGUUCAGUGCUCUUAUACGUCACGAUGUCUUCUCGCAUAAUGCGUACAUGCACACGCUAAUCUCGCGUGGCGAUCUUCUCUUGGAAUCGAUGCUCGUGCACAAGACAACAGCGAAAAGCUCACCCCCGCCGCCAGCGCCGCCGCCUCCUAAUAGUAGUGCAACUACUCACGGAUUCGAUGACGAUGGUUUCGGGUCAAGCAUCGGCAUUGACUUUAAGCACAAUGAGUUCGAUGACUCCAAUGUGGAUGAUGAUCUGGAUAAGUUGGUGCAAAAUAUUAAGGAAAAAGGACAACAGCACGAGGCUCCCGAUAGUCCAAAAAUUGGACCACCUGGCGACGGAGAGGGUGGCGUUGACACACCCGCCACUGGCGUCAGCAUAUCCAGACACUACGUGUACACCAAGCACUUUCCCAUACCGCAGGACGAUCCCAGCAUGUCCAGUUACAGCAGCGAAAGCAAUCAGCGCUAUAUAUUGCUAUAUGGCGUAGGCAAGGAGCGCGACGAAAAGAAGCACGCUGUUAAGAAAAUGUCCAAAGAGAUUGGCAAACUCUUCACAAAGAAGUUCAGCAUCGAUGUGGCCGAAGGCGGCAAGGUAAAGAAGCACUCACGCAAUGAGUUCAACUUUGAGGCCACUACAGCCAAGUGCCAGCAAAUGGCCUACUUCGAUCAGCAUGUGGUGACCGCUCAGUGUGCGGCCAAUGUUCUGGAGCAACUGAAUGGCUUUGCCCUGGGCAACAAUAAUUAUUUGCCUGUGCAGGAGCACGUUGCAUUUCUAUUCGAUCUAAUGGAGCUUGCGCUUAACAUUUACAGUCUGCUCGAGCUGUGCGAUAAUUUGCUUAAAGAAUUACCCGAGGUGGAGCAUCAGUUGCAGCAGAAGAAGUCAAAUAUGGUGCGUAGCUAUACUACCUCGCUGGCCCUCUACAUUGUCAGCAUACUGCGACGCUAUCACAGCUGCCUGUUGCUCUCGCCCGAGCAGACGGUAUCCGUCUUUGAGGGACUUUGUCGCACCAUACGUCAUGUGAGCAAUCCCAGCGAAUGCAGCUCCGCGGAACGCUGUAUACUUGCCUAUCUAAGCGAUCUGCACGAGUCCUGCAUACUGCUGCAGGGCAAGGAACAGGCAGCCGAAUAUUAUCAACAGUUGAACUGUAUCAAGCGAUUCAAGGAUAUCUUCAAUACACCCGAACAGCUGAGCAUGGCCCCGCAAGGAUACAAUCCGCAACUGCUGCAGGAGCUGUUUGUGGCGCCGCGACGUGGUGGCAAAUUGGAGUCCCACUGGCUGCGUCAGCUGCAUGAAUCCCCUGCCAACGUUUACAGCUUUGUGUCCAAUGCCGUCAUCGCCGUCUGCCGAGAAACGGACAACGAACGUUUAAACGACGUAGCGCUCGCCUGCGCCGAGCUAACCGCCAGCUGCAAUGUUCUUUCCGAGGAGUGGAUCGCGGCCUUGCAGAGCUUGUGCAGCGGCAGCAAGAGUCCAAGAUAUCCUCAUCUUGGGGCUCAAGUGGACAUUGGCCAAAGCAAAACGCACAAUGCGCUCGCCGUCUUCGUAUGCAUUCUGGUGGCGCGACAUUGCUUUUCCCUUGCGGACUUCGUUAGUAAAUUUGCGCUGCCCACUCUGGCGCGUUCGGUUAGCGGCGCUAGUGGCGGAGAACUAAGCGUGGAUGCAGAAGCAGGCGCACGGCUCACCUGUCAUCUAGUACUGAAACUGUUCAAGACCCUGGAAAUCCCACAGCCGGGCAUGUACUCGGUCAGCACAUCCCCCAAUCCGCUGCAUGCAGUUGGAAAUGAUUUUAGCAUACGUCUAAGCUGUGAUCGUCAUCUGCUUGUGGGCGCACACAAAACCAUACCGAUUGCGGCAGUUUUAGCUGUGCUUAAGGCCAUUCUCAUUGUGGUGGAUAAUGCGGCGCUGAAGACGCCGCUCGGUGCCAGCGGCUUGGGCUCCUCUGGGAGCGGCAGCGCCUUUGGCAGCGGUAAACGCAGCGGUUUCAAUACGCCUGUGCAUCCUGGGAGCACGCCCAAGAGUAACGAGCAACGACCGGCAGAUCUCAGCCAGAUACUGGGAACUAGCGAUCUGCAGCUAGGCAGCCUGGGAAGUGAACAGGAGUCCCUACAGCAGCCAACUGGCAGCAGCCUGGCGGGCAACGAGCAAAUCUCACUGCUGGAGUUUGCGCAGGCGGUACUCAAGCAGAUCUGUGCGCAGGAGCAUGUGCUCGAGCGCUGCUUGAAGAAUGCUGAGCAGCUAUGCGACAUGAUUAUCGAUGAGAUGCUGACCGCCAAGCAGGCGCAGCGGGUGCUGCACAUGAUCUGCUAUCCGGAGGCGGAAUUCAAUAUUAUAUCAGAGCUGGAUCAGCGCUUGAUGAUAGUGCGCAUAUUGGAGAAUUUAGAUCAAUGGACUCUGCGCAUAUCCUGGCUGGACUUGCAGCUAAUGUAUCGGCAAUCGAUGAGCAACAACACAUCGGUCAGCAACAAUACCGAGCUCAACGUUUGGCUGGACACGGUGGCACGAGCAGCAAUUGAUGUGUUCCACAUGGAAGAGGUGACGCUUCCAGGCGCCCAGAAGCCCAUACAUAAGCCCAAGCCGUCCACUUGGUUGGUAGCACCGCUCAUUGCCAAGUUAACGCCAGCUGUGCAGGGGCGCAUCUUGCGCGUAGCUGGUCAAGUACUCGAAAGCAUGAACUAUUUUUCGAAAGUGUCCAAAUCCGAUUGCAACAGCUCUGGCAGCGGCGACGAGCGCGAGAAGAGCAACAGCUGUCAUAGUAGCAAUAGCUACGGCGCUGGCGGGAGUAUGGCGGCACGCAACAAGAAGAUGCCGCUCAACUAUCAGCCUUUCCUGGGCCUUAUACUCACUUGUCUCAAGGGCCAGGAUGAAUACAAAGAGAAUCUACUUGUAUCACUCUACUCGCAGCUCUCCCAGUGCCUGCAAUCCUUUUCUGAGCUGGACACCAUUGGCGGUAUCGAUGAGCCGCAAGCACGUGAGGAGAUUCUUGAUGCACUACAGCUGCGCUUUUCGUUGGUGGGCGGCAUGUUCGAUGCCAUACAAAAGAACAGCACUCCCACCAUGGACUGGGCCAUACUGCUCGCCCAACUGGUUUGUCAGGGUGUCGUAGAUCUAAGCUGCAAUCGAGAGCUUUUUACCACUGUGGUGGACAUGCUGGCCACUUUAGUGCACUCGACGCUUGUCUCCGAUAGCCAAUCGGAACGUGAUGAGAAUAAGAAGUUGUAUCUAAAUUUGAUGAAGAAACUCAAGAAGGAAAUUGGCGAGAAGAAUAACGCUUCGAUACGCGUCAUACGGCAACUUCUACCACUCUAUAAGCAGCCCACAGAGGUAAUAGCCUGCGAGCAUGCGGGCAUGGAUACCAAGGGCAACAAGAUUUGCGACAUGGACAAAAAGCAGCUGCGCAUCUCGGAUAAGCAGCGCAUCAGCGUCUGGGACAUUCUGGAGGGUCACAAGAAUCCAGCACCGCUCUCAUGGGUAUGGUUCGGUGCCGUCAAGCUGGAGCGUAAGCCGCUUACGUACGAGGAGGCGCAUCGCAAUCUCAAAUACCACACACACAGUCUGGUCAAGCCCAGUAGUUAUUAUUAUGAGCCCUUGCCGCUGCCGCCGGAGGACAUUGAGCCAGUUCCAGAGAAGAUAUGCAUCAAGGAUGAAAUGAUGAAGGCCGAUACGCCCUCGUCGGUGGAUCAGUCACCUAGCGCUGUAGUUGGUGGAACUGGACGUGGUCGUGGCAAAGGCACCACGACGCGCAAACGCAAGCCAAAGGUUUCAAAGACACCGCCAGUGGUGAAUACGCAACAGCAGCAGCCACAGCUGGCCCCACAACCGCAACAGCCGCCCAAUGUGCAGCAACAGCAGCAACAACAACAAAUGCAACAACAGCAGCACAUGCAACAGCAGAUGCAGCCCAACCAGAUGGGACAGAUGCCCAUGAAUAUGCAGAUGAACAUGCAACAAUUUGGACCCAACGCCAUGAUGCAGCAACAGAAUGCACUGAUGCAGCAACAGCAGCAGCAACAACAGCAGAUGCAACAAAUGGGUCCAAAUCAAAUGCAGCAGCAGCUGAACGUGGGCGCCAAUGGGCAGCCGAAUACACAGAUGAACUUUAUGCAGGGACCAGGGCCCGGUGGACCACAGGGCAUGUCCAACCAGCAGCAACAACAACAGCAAUGGCACAAUGCGCCCCAGCAGCCGCAGCAGCAACCGCAACAGUAUCACAAUCAGUAUCAACAUCAGCAGAACAUGCAAAUGAAUCGUAUUGAGCGACCGCCGUUGAAUACCAACUCGAAGCAAGCAUUGUCGCAGAUGCUGCGACAGCGGCAGCCGAGCUCGUUCCAGCAGCAACAACAACAGCCACCAGGUGGAUUUAAUCCCAUGCAGCAGCAGGCACAACAGCAGCAGCAGCAAGGACCGCAGCAGCAGCAAAUGAAUGCACAACAGCUGCGGCAACAGCAGCAGCAGCAGCAAAUGAAUGCACAACAGAAUCCGCAGGCAGCGGCCGCGUUUAAUGCCAUGCAACAACAGCAGCCGAAUGUACAGCAACAGCAACAAAUGAAUCCCAAUCAACAGCAGCUGCAGCAGCAACAACAACAACAGCAGCAACAGCAAUUCAUGCGUGGGAAUAUGCGUGCCAUGGCUCCAAAUCAAAUGGGUGGCAUGAAUAUGGUUGGUCAAGGCAUGCCRCAGAACCCGAUGAUGCAGCAGCAGCAAAUGGCCCAAGGCAUGGUGGGCAUGGUCAAUCCAAAUGCCAAUCCGAUGAUGCAAGGCGGCGGAACAGGUGGCAAUGGAGGUGUUGGUGUUGGUGUGGGCGUCGGUGUUGGUGCUGGAGGCAACAAUCCCAAUAUGGGCAUGGGUGGUAUGCCACAGCAAGGCAUGAUCCAGCAGCAGCAGCAGCAGGUACAGUUCCAAAAUUUCCAAAAUCAGUAUCAGCAGCAGCAACAGCAGCAAGGCAUGCAGCAGCAAAGCGGCGGAGGAGGCGGUGUUGGCGUGGGCAUGACGCCGAAUCAACAGCAACAGCAAGCUGGCCUUAUGAACAAUUUCAAUCCUCAAAUGCAGCAAGCACAACGUAACAAUCCAGAUUUUAUGGCAGCGGCGGUAGUUGCACAGCAGCAGCAACAACAACAGCAGCAACAACGCGGAGUACCUGGUGGUAUGAUGGCCGGCAAUCGUGGCCAAUAUAUGAACCAAGCACCCAAUGUGACUAUGACCAACAUGAUGGGACCUGGACCAGGUGGUGUGGGUGUCGGGGUUGGACAGGUGCCUCCCUAUGGACGCCAGCAGCCAACCGGUGGUGGCAAGCCGGGCGUAUUGCCGGCACAGCAACAAUUCCAGCAGCAGCAACUUCGUCACCAACAAAUGAUGCAAAUGCAAGGCAUGGCCGGCGGCGGCAUGGGUGGCGGACCACAAGGAGCUGGCGGUGCGGGUGCUGGCGGUGGUGGUGGAAUGGUCCAACAACAGCAGAGCAUGAAUCAACAGCAAACUCCCAAUUUAGUUGCCCAGCUGCAGCGACAGAUGACCAAUCAACCGAAUAUGAUGGGACAGCAGCAGUACCCCCAUCAGCCGCCACCCUAUUAGAAUAGAUAACUCUAGUUUUGUAAGGCAUUCUCUUGUAUGAAUAUUUAUCCAUGCGAAAUGCAAUAAAUAAUUAUUUUAUUUUUAAAUA